AGGGACAGAGAGAGAGAGGGGGCAUAUUAAAGAGCACGGCAAACAGAGGACAAGCUGUGGCAGCAGCUUUUUUCCUCUGAGCUGCGGACAACCUGCAGGACAGACCGUGUCUGUCUACUAAAAGCCAAGGACUAUAUUUGACUUCUUCUAAACCAGUUUUGACUCUGAAACCGCUUUAAGUCCAAAGAGGACUACAGAAGCUUUAUUGAAGGAGGAACAAAACCUAAUCAACUAGUUUCAUUUUCACAUUUCAGGCAAACUUGGAUCCUCUUUUUUCUUUCAAAAAUCAAGAAGAAAAUAAGGCUGAAGGGAAACUAAGAGGGAUAAUUCACUGUACAUCUGACUGAAAGAGCAGCCUUCUUUCCUGACAACUUUUCCAAGCCAAAGAGAACAAAACAGACAAAAAAAAUCUGCUCAGGAACAGCUGACCGUGUCUUUAAAUAAUUACUAAAUAUAAAGGAUAUAGAGGACUCAAAUGAAGACACAGCAAGAGGAGGACAGCUUCUGCAACCCUGCCAUGUCUUUGGAUAUUUCUUCUUCAUUUUCAGGUCUGGGCAAAUAAAGACAAAACAAAACAAGAGAGAAGCAAAGGAAGAAUUUCAUCUUGGAGGAAAAUCAAAAUACUUUUCCACUGGUGAUUCUUUUAACACCAAGAAAAAUACGUAAAACAUAGAAUUCAGAGGCUCAAAUGAGAAGUUAUUAAAAACUAGAGGCAAAUAGAUAACAAAUCAAGGAAAAUAGGACCUCUGGAACUGGAAUGUAAAAGAAGAAAUAGUCAAAAAUAAAGCACAGAUUUUCCCAGAGUUUACAAAGAAAAAAAGGCAUCCUAAUCAUGAAGCUCCUCAGGUUUUUUGCAACUCUUUGCUCCGUUAUCUACCCUGUGCAGCCUGUGGCCCCCCCGAGCAGCGUGGCCCUCAGUCGGCUGGACCGCUGGGUCCGCUCUGGCCUCCAGGUGUUGCAGUGGGACCAGCUGGACCGCUGCCUCCGGAUGUCCUCCAUGUCUGAAGCGGACUGCAGACGGCUCACCCACCUGACGCCGUCGUCUGUGGCCGUGUAUAUGUCUGAGCAGCACGCCGCCACAGGUCCUUUCAACAAAGUCCAGGCCAUCCUGCCUGACUUUUCCAGUGGGAUGCUGAGUUCCAAGCUAAGAGGAAGUUUCAACGUCGGACGAAUGCUGAACAGAGCUGACGGUUCACAUAGACUCCACCAGCCCCUCUAUAGUUCCUCUGCCCAUGAUGUUGUGAUGGUGUUGGAUCCAAGCCCAGGAGAGAACUUUGGACACCCCGUCUUCCUCUUUUAUUUGGACAUGAAUGUGACCAAGAAGAGAUGUUCCCACCUCGAUGGUAUUUACCUGGGUGAAGAGUGUUUGACGCUGGCUUUGAAGGGUCGCUGCCAGAACCAGCUGAAGCGUCGGCAGACAGGUCCACAGAGGCUGUUUGGUCCCAGACGGAUGGCGGCUGGGACGCUGCGUGGUGGCACCGCUGGGAGCCGCCUGUUAGAACAAGCCAUUGGAGGUUUCUGUGAGGUCCACUUUCUGCCCCUGGUGGUUGCCAUCGGAGACAGCAGCAUGUCACAGAGACUCAAAUGUGUUGACAACCCAGAGUUUGCACGGUGUCCUCAGCAGCUGCCCAUGAGCUCUCCCAGUCUGCCCGUCUCAAGCUGUGAGCUGAAUAAGAACACCAGGCGCUGCCACCAGCAGCCUUUGGCCACACACCUGUCCUGUCGCCUUUAUCAGACGUGUGACCAUGCUGUGCUCAUCUCAGGUGGAUGGCAGCCUCAGAUGACAUUUCAGCAUCACCUUCAGAAUCUUCAAAGGUUCUACAGAGUGCUCCGAAAUAACGGCUUCCAUAAAGACCACAUCAAGACUUUCUUCGCCAGCAGUGGACAGCUUCUUGAAGAUUUAGAGGGUGUGUACUCAGCAACAGAGAAAGCGGUGAUCCGUAACCAUGUGUCAUACAUUUGCCGGAAGCAGCACUGUGCCGACACUCUGGUUCUGUACCUGAACUCACCAACGCGCACUGAUGGAACCAUGCUGUUGUGGGACGCCAACCUGAAUGGCAUCGCUGACCUAAAGGAACGCUACUCAGUGAGUGAGCUGCUGGCAGAUCUGGCCGGCUGCAGGGCAGUUCGUGUCCUCCUGUUUGUAGAUCAGAGCUAUAGUGGAGUCCUGUCCAAGAGGCUAAGGAGUUCCCAGAAGCACCACAAUGUGGUCCUGAUCCAGCAUCAGUCCAGACAGAUCCAGACUUAUCAGAACCACAGACUAUUCCCUGGCUGGGAUGAUAGCAGCUGGUCCUCUAUAACUGCUUCUACAUGCCUAUUAGACCACUUGGAGAAGAUUGAUGGAAUGUCUCACCUCUUGGAGCCAUGGGCUGGCCUUUUAAAUGUGACGUUGGCAGGAGCGCCAUGCAAUGCCACCCCUCCUCUUACAGACAGUGAAAUGCGGCGGGAGUAUCAGGGUUGCCAGAACCUGCCAACUGCUCUGUGGUACCAGAAACAUGGGAGGACCAACUGAGUGAGACCAACAAAGACUUAUCCAGAAAGGACAGGCGCAGAUGUAUUAACUCCAGCCGUGAAUUUCUUCCACUGCUUGUGACUG